GGUACCGCUACUUUUAGUGAUUUUGUGUGUCAAGUCUUGUAAUUCGUGUCCGAAUUGGGGUGAAUAAUGGGUGAAUUUGUGAUUUGUUCGUUGUGUUUGUCAAUGUUGAGGUGUUGGGUGUGAAAUUUCGGUUUUGCGUUGCGUAAAAAUUAUUGUUGUUUGGUUUUGGUGUGGGAUUUCGCGUCGUUAGGUUGGUGGUCGUUGUUGAAACUUCAGGUGUCAUGGUGGUGAAGCGUUAACCUCGCAUAGAAAAUUCUUAUUUGAGUGGUGAAUAGAGUUGUUUUUGGCGUGUUUUCCGAGUUCUAUGACUGUUGGAGUUAUUUGCCGACAUACGUCGCGCAAGUGAGACAACCUGAGCGAGGUCGCGUUCGAGAAUCAGUCCGUUUCAUUUUACGCGAGUUCCCAACUUGUCCGGUUGAUAAAUCCGUGUGAAAUCGCGUUAAAUCUGCUGAAAUCGUCGCAUUUGAUGGAGUUGAGUCGCCCGCGUGCGGUAAUGUGUCGAGUGUGCUGUGCAAAAGUGAAGUUGAUGGUGCAGUGAAAUUGUUAAUGUGAUGACAGUUUAGUGCCGAAAAUGGCCUCAAGUUCCACUUUCGAGGCGAAAGUGCUGAUGGCCAAAGGCAAGCGAGCAACGGCCGCGUACAUCCACGCCGACUGCUCGAACUCGCCGUGCCCCCAGCACCUCAACGCCGUCCUCGACAGUCUCCUGAACCCCGCGAGGUCCAUCGACGAGUGGGAGACCAUCGACUGGUGCAAAUGGCUGAUGGCCGGGGGUCGGACCCCCGACGAAUUCGCCAACACAGUUCGAGCAUACGACAACCAAACGACCUGUGGCCUCGUCUGGACCCCCAACUUCGUGGCCUACCGUUGCCGAACCUGCGGUAUAUCCCCCUGUAUGUCCCUAUGUACUGACUGUUUCAAAAAAGGCAAUCAUCAACGACACGAUUUUAACAUGUUUCUGAGUCAAGCAGGCGGUGCUUGCGAUUGUGGCGACACCUCAGUCAUGAAGGAGACAGGAUUUUGCGACCAACACGGUCCUGAUAAAUCGGCAAAUAAGGGAAAAGCGCCGAAUGAUUUAAUGUGUGUGGCUGAGGCGAUGAUGCCAAGGAUUAUUUUUCGAUUUAUUUUACAUUUAAGGGAAAAUUGUCAUAUGAAAGGUCCGAUUCAGGAUGCAGAUGGUUUCAUUACAAUGUUGGUCGAUUUUAAUAACAUGGGGGCGUUGAUGAGACGCGUAAUGACAUCAGCAUUGACCAAUCCGCAGAAAUAUCGCGAUUUGAAUGAAAUUCCUGAAAAUUGUGAUUCGGAAUAUGCCGCCUAUAUCACCGAUUCGAAGCGAAUUUACGAAGAGGCGUUAGCUUCAUUAGCCAAUCCGGAACCGUUAGAAGAGUAUAAAGACUGUCCUUCGCUUCAUAAAAAUCUCGUACAUAAAACUUUCCUCGAGGAACUUGUUUUUUGGACGGUCAUGUUUGAAUUUCCCGAAAAAGUCGUCUGUCUACUUUUGAAUAUGUUACCGGAUCCUGAUUAUAAGGAGGCUUUGAUGCGAGCAAUUGUUUUACACUAUAGUCGCAUCUCGAUGAUGUUGGAACGAACGAAUGAUCCCGAAAAUGUCAGUAAUCGAGUCGUCCACGCUAGCGUGCAACUAUUCUCGAAUGAAAGUCUAGCGUUGCGUAUGACCGAACAAUUGAAUCUUUUACAUGUAAUGGUGGUGAGUUUGCGUUACAUGAUGAGUAAGAUAUUGGUCGAGAAUAGCCUCCAUGACGCAGAGAAUAAUUUCCAUUACGUGGUUGAUUGUAGUAAAAGAGUGAUGACGGAUCAUUGCUAUUGGCCAUUGGUUAGCGAUUUGAAUAAUGUGCUAUCGCACAGACCUGUCGCACUCAAAUUUAUGUCAGAUGAUAUGCUUAUAAAAAUGUGGUUUGGGUUUUUGGCUAUGUUUCAAGGCAUGAAUGUUAAUCAACGUGAAACAAAAGAACAUGUCAAAUUUGAACCUAAUACGUAUUUUGCGGCGUUUAGUGCCGAACUGGAGGCGAGUGCGUAUCCAAUGUGGGCGCUAGUGUCGCAUUUAACUGAUUCAAGUACAGCAGAUUUGACACGAAAAGUGCUUUCGGCUUGUUUGAGGGAAUUGAGGAAUUGGCUUGAAGCUAUCACUUUUACGAGUUUGAAUAUGAAUGAUAAUCUACAAGUGUCGUUUCAUUUGCCUCUUCAUCGCUACUUUUCCGUUUUUUUGUGUCAAGCUGUUUCCAAACAGGGGAUUACGUUGGAUGAAGUGUUGCCAUCGAAUGAGGAGCUGAUGGUGAUGAUCAUGCAUCCGUUAAGAGUCCAGGUGGCGUUUUACGAGAUUUUGAACGAUUUGUGGGUGCGAAACGGCCUCCAAAUCAAGGGCCAAGCCAUGACUUACAUUCAAGGAAAUUUCUGUAAUUCGAUGGUGGACGCCGAUUUGUACCUCCUCCAAAUCGCAUGUACUCGAAUGAAUUACAACGACUUCAUCUCUCUAAUAAUCGACAAAUUUCACGUGACCGAGUCUCUGAGUCUUGCAGAACGACCCCCACAAAAUCCCUAUCUUAAACCUGAACACAACAAUCGAUUGUUGGAGAGUUUCUUGACGUUUUUAGCCACUCUUGUGACAGUCCGGACAAAUAUUGGAUUGUCUGAAACUGAAUUGAAUCGUCUCGAAAUGGCAACACUGCUAUGUAUGACCGACCGAACGCAUUCGCAACUCAUGGAACUCAUGCCGGAACGUUGCGGUACGUCUCAAACACGCGAUUUUGAGACGCUUUUAGCCGAAUUGGCCGAUUAUAAACCGCCGAUUUUGGACCCAAGCGGUGGAAAUUUACAACAGGGGAUGUACUCAGCGAAACCACACGUUUGGGAGAAUUUAUACGAUCCAAUUCACGUGUUGUUACGUGCCGUACAUCGACGUGAUUUCCAUACGUCGAUGGAUCGUUACACGGAUUAUGUCAAAGAUGCAAAUAAGUUGAAAAGUGGAAUAAGUCCGUGGUUACCGUUCCGUGCCCCCACUUGUUGUUCCAAAGCCUACGAUGAUCCGAGACUGAUUCUGAAAUCUAGGGUCUUCCAUGCCAUUAUUUUGGUUAUUUUACAAAAGGCCGUUCGGGGACAAAUACCCGAAGAUGUGACCGCUUUAAUUAUUUUUCUCUUGGAUCAAGCUGUAACCAUCAGUGAGCGAAAAGACGGCCAGGCGGAGCCAAAACUGUUCCACCAAUCAAAGCCGUUGAACGACAUGAAUUUCGACAAUUGGUACUCCUCUGAUUGCAUCUUUGAAAACUUGGCCACUCCUAUCUCCAAGAUUGUCCUCACCCCUGAGCCAGAAGUCUCACCCAUGACCUACAGUUCUGACAGUGACAUCGAGUGGGAAAACUCGGAAGUUGAUACGGAAAUGUCUGAUGUCAAUCCGGAUGGGAAUAACAUUUUGAUGCUUCAAGAUUCGACAGGUUGGGACCAAUCCGGUACCGAUUUAAUGGUGUUCGUCCCACAAGACUCCUCCCCCGGUUUUGAACCAGCCAAUCCCGUACUAGCUCUCCCUCCGGCGACAUCAAUGGAGGUGGAUACGAUGACUGUUGCCGUGACGACACGUUCCCAUUCGGAAACGUCUGUACUUCCGGCGAUUACGGCCGGAAAUGAAGUUGCAAGACCGUGGACCGGAAGUGAGUUGGUACCGUCAACAUCGAGCGCCUCGGGUCAUAGAAGGCCGUAUAGGAGGCGGCCGACUUUAGAAGGGGGCGGGACAACUCCGCCCACUGUUGAAUUAAACGAGAGUAUAAUUUCGUUGUUGUUGAAAUUGCAUUCGCAAUUGUCGGGCGUACCGGAUAGUUUUAAAGGGGAGGAGGAUGAAGAAGAAGGGCGAGGUUUAAUCGGAGAUGGACCGUUUUUUAUUGGACGUUUAUUGAAGAAAAUCUCGCGAUUGGAUGAGGGGUGUCGAAGGUGUGUCCUAGAGACGAGAAUAAAACUUUGGCCGAGUCAGGAAGAGAGAGACGAAGCAAAGCGACAGAAAGAAAAUCGAGAAAAGGAAGAAAGGCGAAGAAGAGCAAAAGAAAGACAACAAAAAUUAAUGGCGGAGUUUGCUUCAAAACAAAAACAGUUUAUGGAAGCAAUGGAAACGGAUGAUAAUGUUUUGAAUUCGGAUGAGGAGUUGUUUGUGAGUAAGCAGGAAUACGAUUGUGUGAUUUGUAAUCAAGCCACGCCCAGUACGGAAGAGAAACCAAUGGGAUUGGUCGUUUGGAUUCAAGCCACUAGUGUUAUUGGUCAUAGACGGAGACAUGGUCAGUCAGUGUUGCCAACUUGUGAUGAUGAAAGAACAUCAUUGAGACGAGAUGAUACGUUGAGUGCCGAGUUUGAUCGACGAUUGGAAGAAUUGAAUCAAUAUUUUGAUCCUAAAUCUUGGUACUUAUCAGUGAAUGUCGGAUGGGAUGGUGGGGUUCAUGUUCAGACCUGUGGCCAUCAUCUUCACUUAGACUGUCUUAAUUCGUAUUUGCAGACUUUGAGAUCGCAACAACGUGGUGAGUAUUUUUGUCCACUUUGUCGCCAAUUGGCCAACUCGGUCUUGCCCCUCGCUCCCCAAUUGGGCGAUUGUGCCCAAAUGGUCCGCUCGAAUCCUUCCAGUAUGUCGCAAAUUCUGGACGAAUUGAGUGAUUUUUUGCGUGAAAAUGACCAAAAACCUAGUAAUACAAGUAUGGCAGAAGCGAUAGGAAAAAUAAUGGAAGUUAUGACAAGUAGUACACAAUUGAAACCGAUGCUUAGAUCGAAAAGUGAUCGUCCUAUACCUCAAAGUCUCUUCCUAUUCGUCACAUCAAUCGCUCGGACCAAUCUCGAGACGGAAUUGAGUCAAAGAGGCGGUACUUUAGUCAUGUCACGUGACCCACCUAAUCCCCUCCUACCGAAACGCGAUUGUAUAGUUCCUCUACUUCAUGUACUUUCGGUGCACGCUCGUGUGGCUCGUGUGUUGGCCAUGUGGCCGGCGUGGAUGACUUUUCAGCAGCUUUGUGGGUUGCCCCCUAAACCCCCAAGUGAUACGGCACUGGCGCCGGUCGAAAACGAGGUUCCGCUACUGCUCAGGGACCCCGUGGCGCUUCUGUUACAGUUUAUCCUCCUUUUACCGCUGCAUCUAGAUCAAAAUUAUUUCAUAACGACAGUCCAGAUGGUUUAUAAUUUGCUGUAUUACCAAGUGGUGGUGCAGAUUUCUUGUGGUUUAUCAGGGGCCGAACGUGCCCGAGCCACGGCGGGGGCUAACGAGGGCAAAAUAUGUACUUUAACCGAUGCUUUAGCCCUCAUAAAUCGGUGUUUGGGGCACACUGCUUUGUAUAUGGAGGAUGAUGAUGAUGAUUGUAGUGAAAAACCCCAAGUCAAUAUGGUGGCUCUUGAGCUUCAAGUGCAAAAAUUAUGUUUGCCUUAUUUACGAAUCGCUUCACUUCUCAAGUAUCACAUUUAUCAACAACCUUUGCCCGAUGUAAGGGCCCCCGAGACCGAAUUUGUUUGUUUAGUGCAUUAUCUCGAAUUGGUUACUGAACAAGUCACGUGGGAUUGCAACGCUGCAGCUGCGUUAAAUUGGCCAAUAGAAACGCAGAUGUAUGCAGCGUCGCCACAGUCGUGGUGUAAUCAAUAUGCGGUUUUCGUUGCUAAAAGUCAGAUAGCAGCACGGUCGUUCCUUGUUGAUCAACACAUCACGUGGCAUCCGCCACGCCUACUUAAACUGCCACGCGAAUAUGAGAAAAUUUUUACUUAUUACCAUAAGAGACCGUGUAGUCAAUGUCAGUCUGUCCCGCAAGAAACCGGUAUUUGUUUAAUGUGUGGCACUAUUGUUUGUUUGAAACAGUUGUGUUGCAAACAACAGAAUAUUUGCGAGGCGACUGCGCAUGCGUCGGAGUGUGGGGCCGGCACUGGGGUGUUUCUGGUGGUUACAUCGACUUAUAUUAUUGUCAUAAGGAGGCACAAGGCGUGUCUUUGGGGCUCGUUGUAUUUGGAUGAUUUUGAGGAGGAGGAUAGAGAUUUGAAGCGCGGGAAACCGUUGUAUUUGAGUAAGGAAAGGUACCAACUGUUGGAGCAACAAUGGCUGGCCCACCGGUUUGACCACAUCGAAAAAACGUGGAUACAGCACGGAAAUGCUCUUUAAUUGUAUAUUUACGAAUUGUGAUAAUGAUAAAUGAUGUCUUUUUCGAAUGUUAUGCAUAUUUUCGUGGUGUUUACUUUUAUUCUAGUCUAUUUGGUAGGUUGACUAACACAGGGCCUAAUUCUUUUUCUUGUUGGGACAGUUCAUCAAGAUUGAUUCAAAAUGUAAAUAUAGAAUUACGAUAGUAUUGUUCACAUUAGUGUGGAAGUACUGUAUGGCUUGUGAUAAUCACGUAGGUUUAAGUUGCGAUGUGGGUCAGUUCUAAUACGUCCAUGUCAGUGUCUUCAAAUGUGAAUUUGUUCAUAAUAAUAAUUUAUUGAGGUUAUUCGCCACGAAAACGUCGCUUGUCUAAUUUGAAAAUAUCUGUAAAUGAUAAAUAAAUAACCUUGUACAUUGUA